GCACAUCCCUGAGGCACGGGGAGCCAGCAACACCAGCAGGCAGACUGAGGCAUCAGUACCGGUCUGGAGGUCGCCAGCGCAGGAGGCCUGGCAUAGAUACUCAACAGUGGCACUCCUCUCCCGUGAACACCGCAUUGUUAAUACAUCUGUGCAUACCACACUGUGUAUGCAUACUCUUGUAUACAUUCUUGCUGAUUUCUCACUCAAGUACAUGGAUUACUAGGCAAUUAUUACAUACUCAGAGCUGACUAAUUAAUUUAUUUUUCUCACAUACUGUGGUUAAAUCAACUUGACUCUGCAUAGCUGAAAUAAUUAAUUUACCUGGAUUAUAGUACAUCCCAUUCCUCACAGACAAAUUUAAUAAUUUGUGAAUAUAAUAAUAAUAAUAAUAAUGUGACUGAAAUAUCCAUGCUUACGAGAAAUGUCUUGGACACACUAAGAACUCUGUAAAUACUGCUAUGGAACAAGAGAACGAUGGGAACUGUUAAACAAGUGAACACGAGGGUGAAGCCCCUCUCCCCUUAAACAUAGAUUGGUGAACGAGUGAAGAUAAUGCUGAGCAAGUAGCCAUGAAGGUGAACAAGUGAACAUGCAGCUGAACACCUGAGGAUGGAGGCUGGCUUGGGAACAAACAGAACAGUAACAUGCUCUCUCGCUGUUAUGCUUUUGUUACGAGUGGCAGGUUGUGCAGAGGGAGUACGCAUCAGAGCGCUAGAGGUACCACUGGUGGCGCUGCAGAAGGACGAGGUGCGCCUGCGCUGUGACUACGAGGACGAGGGAGGUUCGAGCCUAUACACACUCAAGUGGUACAAGGAUGGCAGGGAGUUCUACCGUCACCAGCCUGGUAUCUCACCCCACACUCUGGACCAUCGUUGUCUCGACCGAUACUCUUACCAUGUUGAUGGUGUCUCUGUUGAUUGUUGGGUAUCGAGCGAGAGGGAGGUGGUACUGCGGGAGGUGACCACUACCACGUCAGGAGAGUACCAGUGUGAGGUGAUCGGUGAACACCCCAAGUUUAGAAAGGAGGUCCGCAGCGCGAGACUCACUGUGUUUACGGAGGCGCUGAGGGAGCCUAGGAUCCUAGGAGCUAAGGAAUCCUACAGAGCUGAGGACUCAGUGUUGCUCAACUGUUCGAGUACCAACACCCAGUACCUGCCUGUCCUCUCCUGGACUCUAAACGACACGCCCGUGUCCAAGCGGCACGUAAGAUCGUACGAGGGAGGCAGAAUCCUAGGCCUACAAUUGCAAGUCAGCCGUGACCUGUUCCAACAAGGAGUUAUCUCUUUGACCUGCACCAGCACCCUGGGCAGCCUACACACUAGGUCAACGCAGGUCACUCUUCCCAACCCUGACUAUCUUCAUGCUGAAGAGUAUUAUUACAAUGCAGGUGUGCAAAAAGUUUGCAGGUGGACAAAUGAGUCGCUAUUGUUGGUGUUGAUGCUGUUGUUUCCUGUACAUCUUGGCUACUGAUCCCUGCACAUCCUGGCUACAGACUGCUCUACAUCUUCGCUACUGAUCCCUGCACAUCCUGGCUACAGACUGCUCUACAUCUUGGCUACUGAUCCCUGCACAUCCUGGCUACAGACUGCUCUACAUCUUCGCUACUGAUCCCUGCACAUCCUGGCUACAGACUGCUCUACAUCUUCGCUACUGAUUGUCAUAAAUCAUCGCUGCUGACGCUGAUUUCUAAAUCCGCCUCCACUGCUGAUAUUAUUCCUGACGUUUCUUAUCAUCCACGUAGUUUUGUGCACAUUUUAGAUACUGAUCGUGGAAAAAUAUUUACUAAUAGUCCGUAGACCUUAUUCACCUUCACUGCUGACUCUCCUUGACAUUUUCACUGAUGACUCUCCUUGACAUUUUCACUGCUAACUCUCCUUAACAUCUUCACUGUUGAUUCCUUGACAUCACUACUGAUUCCUCAACAUCUUCACUGCUGAUUUUCAUAAAAAUUCAUUACUGAUUCGUACAUACCUAAGCUACUGACCGUGAAUAUUUGUCCUAAUUAUCUCUAGACGUUGUAUUAGAGAUGCGUACAUUACUUAACACUGAUUUUUUUUUCACUGUCUCACUAAACUGACACCCAUCGUUGACCUUAAAAUAUUCUUAUCUAUCUUUGAAGAGUCUAAUCACACAGUUACUUUCAGUUAAUUUAUUUUACUUAACUUUCAUAAAUUUAACUCUUUAUUUACUCUGUUGAAAUUAUUUGCUAGAUCUAUAUCUGCUUUAGUAAUAAUUUUCACUUAUAUUUUUCAUUUCUAUAUUACACUGACCAUAAAUGUGAUUCAGUGAUAUAUUUCGCUUAUUCAGUUCGUUUUAAUAAUCUUCAGUGAACACACACAUUAGCAAUGUAUUUGUCUGUUAAAAUCGUGUAUUGCUAUUUAAAUUGGGGUUGAAUUAAUAGAUAAGGGAACAAAAGCAGAUGCAAGUGUAAAUACAAUAAUAAGACUUGAACACAAUACUUUUAAAGUUGGUGGCUGAGGCACUCUGGUGUCAGACCGGGCUGCUGGGUUAGACACACACAAAACGAGCUCCACGCUGACAUAUUGGUGUCCUGGCCAUGUGAUGGGUCCCGUGAAAUGAACGGGUUGAUGAAGAGGAGGCUGCUGCUAUUUCCAGUUUUCUCAUAGAUCAGAAUUUUGCCUCACAGCAUCUGUAUAAACCGCAUGCGCAGAUUUGUCCUUGGGAAUUUGCAGGUCCAAUGGGCCGUACAGAUGAGCAAGAGAUUUUGCAGGAUUUCACAGGACCUGGAUGUUCAGCCUUUUACCAGGAAUCGUCAUUUUAAGGCGAGUCUCUGUUUGAGGGUUAAGGAGACACUUCAUCCUGCUUCUGUGUUAGACAUGUAGGAUGCGGCUGACUAUGGAGAAACCAUACCAAGGGCGGGACUUGAACUCGCGGUCAGAGUCUCAAAACCCGCCCGUGCUAUGGUUUACAAUCGUGUCAUUACGAUUUCGUGAAUCAUGGCGACUAUGGAGAACAUUUUAACUGCUUAUAGCUUCGGCAUUUUUGUUUAUGUAAUGGUUAUUAUAAUUACCAGUGUGCCUGAAGGGAUUGUGAAGUAAUUUUUACUAGUCUUUUAACAUCGACAAUUUUUUUUUUAGCUGAUGCAGGUUACAUUAACUUGGUGUUAAAGUAAAGUGGAUCCUUGAUUUUCGUGAUUAAUCCGUUCCAGACAGUCUGCCGAAAUUCAAAAUUCACGAUUUUCAAAACCAUUUUCCCCAUAAGAAAUAAUGUAAAUCAAAUUAAUCCGUUCCAGACACCCAAAAGUAUUAAAAAAAAUGUUUUUUAACAUUAAAUGUACAUUUAUCUACACAGAAAAUGAUGAGACAUGAAAAAUAAAACAAUAAUAACUUGACACUUACCUUUAUUGAAGAGUUGUUGAUGUGUAGAAGACGGGAGGAGGGAAGAGGAUGGAAGAGUUACUAUUGUUAGGAAGGGAAAUCCUCUUCCAUAAAGACUUCAGGUACCAAGUCCUUUUCCGGGCUUACUUCCCUUCUUUGUUUUUUAAUGCCACUAGGACCAGCUUGAGAGUCACUGGACCUCUGUCGCUCAAAAAAUUGUUCCAGCAAGGUCUGUUUCUGGCGUUUCUUUAAAAUUUGCCUAAAAUGUGACAAGACAACUGUCAUUGAACAUGUCGCAUACACGGCCUGCAGCAGCUUUGUCAGGGUGAUGUUCCUCCACAAAUCUUUCAAUCCUAGUCCACAUUGCAUACAUCUCUUUAAUGUUUGAAGAAAGCAACUUCGUCCCUCUCUCUUCCUCCGCCUCUGAAGCCAUUUCCUGAGCUGUGGUCUGUUGCUGUUGCAAAUUAAGGAUUAGAAGCUCUUCAGUGGUUAGCUCUUCAAUUUGGUCCACCAACUCUUCCACAUCCUCGCCACUAACCUCCAACCCCACGCCCUUCCCCAAUGCCACAAUAGAUUCCACAACUGGGAUAGGGUUGUCAGGGUCAGCCCCAAACCAUUCAAAAUCUUUGUCCAGGACAGAUUCUGGCCACAAUUUUCUCCAAGCAGAGUUCACCUUCCUGGAAGUCACUCCCUGCCAAGCCCUACCUAUAAGGUUUAUGCAGUGGAUAUUGAAGUGAUCUUUCCAGAACUCUGAGUCAAUUCCGAGUCCGAGGUUUUGUUAAAGCACAUUUGAAACAUUGCUUUGGUGUCGAGUUUUUCGAAAUUUGAAAUGAUCUGCCGGUGGCCGAUGGAUUGGAGGAGAGGAGUGGUAUUAGGGAGCAAGAACUUGGCUGUGAUGAAGUUAAAUUCUCUUUCACCAUUUGCUCUUCCAAGUCUGGAGGAUGAGAAGCAUCAAUGUCCAUUACCAGGAGGCGUUUCAUACGACCGCCGAUUUCCAAGCCAAAUCACGAAAAUCAAGCCAAUAUUGACAAAAGUCGCCGAUUUCCAAAAUUAACGAUAUUCAAGGGUCCACUAUAUUUCUUUUGUUUUUUGGUUUGAGCAUUACUCUUCAUUUUUGCUACUCAGUUUUAUCCUAGAUGUUCUUAUGUGUUUGCAUUCGUUUUCAAUGACAUAAGCGCCGAGUGAUCUUCCAGAUCAAUGUACUCUGGAUAUCUCAAAACCAAUUUCCUUCUAUAGUAACUGUUCACAGUUAAGUCACGUGCAUGUUGAUCUCCAGGCUUCUUUAUGCAUUCAUUCCACCCUAUCACCAAUAUCAGACUCUCAGAAUAGAAGAUUUUCUAGCAAUUCCUUAGCCCUAAAAUGUAGAUGCGCAGGUCUAUUGAACUUCUCUAUUGGUUGCCGACAGUGUGGAUAUUUAAGCGAGUGAGAAACGCUUGUUAGUCUGGGUGGGUCUUGUGUGUGUUCGGGGGGUAUUAAAUGCAUUAUCCAACCAA